UGCCAUAGUGAUCGAUAUCAACCUAACCAAGCGUGUUCAAGCGCUCGUUCAACCCACCUGCAGUCAUGACUUCCUUACGACGGAUCCAAAAAGAACUACAAGCUAUCAAUAGCAACAAUCCCAUCGAAGGUCUCACAGUAGAGGCCAAGGAAGACAAUCUUUAUGAAUGGAGUUGUGCAGUGGCUGCUGCAUCCGAUUCUCCUUACAAAGGUGGUACUUUUAGGUUUACUCUAAGGUUACCUCAAAAUUUCCCAUUCAAAGCCCCAACUGUCACCUUCCAAACGAAGAUUUAUCAUCCUGGUAUCAACGAGGAAGGAGCGAUAUGUGUUCCUGUGUUACGAGACGAGUGGAAGCCUUCCGUAUCAUUGUCAACAGUGUUGAACAUUAUACAAGAAAAAGUGAAUAACCCAAGUCCCGAUGAUCCUUUCGAGCCCGAGAUUGCUUCUUUGAUGAAGACCGACAAGAGCAAAUUUCUUGCUACCGCGAAGGAAUGGACAAAGAAAUACGCCAUGUAGAUGUACACUUUUGAGGUGAAAUGUGAAAUACAGUCAGGGCAUGUAUAUAUAUCUAUAUAAAAAAGGAGUGACAUAUUGCUCAGAGUGUGAGUAACAGGCG